AUGAAGAUAAAGCACAAACAAAAGCUGCUUGUAUGGAAAAUCCUGCACCAAGCCUUGCCAUGUAGGGAAGCACUUCAUAAACGAACAAGCAAAGGUGAUAUAAUCUGCAAGAUAUGUGGGGAAAAUAGUGAAACAGUGGAACACAUCUUCUUUCAUUGUAAACAAGCACAAAUGAUAUGGCGGAUAGCGCCCCUCCAGUGGGAUGGACUUAAGGAGCACACCGCUGAUUUCAGGCGAUGGUGGACCAUGUUAAUGGAAGUGCAGACGCGAAAGGAGGGGAGGGAGCACAUAAACUUAACAGUGAACAUCCUUUGGCAGAUCUGGAAAGCCAGGAAUGCAGCUGAAUUUGACGGCAAGGAUACACAUCCAAUGGAAGUCAUUAGGAAAGCAAUUAAGGACUGCAAGGAGUAUCACCAAUCACAACAAAUACAACAUCAGCUGAGCAUGUCCGAAACAGAAACAGUAUAA